GUGUAUACCAGCCAUUAUUCCACAGACAAGAUCCCCAAUCGCGACCCGGACUGGUUUUUGAUAUCUUUACGGCGGUAUCCCCACCAAGACAAGGAUGAAUGGAGAGAAGCUGUGGCUGUAGCACUGCUGCGGAAGGGAAGAUUUGACGAAGCCAAACCCCACAUCAAACAGGUAAAUCCCGACUUCCUCCGCCGCAUCAUUGUAGCCGCAGCCAACUUUCGUGCACACGACUGCUUCAACGCUGCUAUGGACCGCCUUGGAUGGAGGCCGUCCGAACAAGUCAUGGACGAACUCUGCUACAGCAUCAUCGACCAUACAAACGAGGAUUUUCUGGAACUCGUUGUCGAAAGGCUCAAAUCAGCACAUGAUUUCCUCCUGCUGCACGCUCAUCAAUUAAAGAAGCCGCGGAUGGUAGGACAGAUACUGCGUCAUAUGAGAGACGACCAGAAAAUAUCCCGAUGGGUGGCAGACGAGUUGCUGAAGCAGACAGACUGUGUAGCCUUCCAUGACCACAUUAGGAGACAACGUCAACAUGAUAGCUGCGAGAUGCGAUUAGAGCCGUUUAAUCUGAGCGAUAUGGUGCAAGGGAUCGUCCGAGCCCAGAAGCUUGACGACAGUAACUCCAGUCGUCUUGCCGACUUCAUGGCAACACAGAGCCUCAAUAUCAACCAGGGUGAAUCGUUUUCCUAUGCCCUCUGGCUUGAAGCUAGCCACGAGUACCUUGGUGAUGAGCCCGACUUGCAGUCGAUGGUCGGUCUGGCGAUCGCUUUCGAAUACCUCAUCAGUUCAGAUGAACCAGCGCUCGAUGGCACAUCUUCGCCACAAAUGAAUUUCGCGUGGCCCCUGAUCAGAAAGGCUCUCAACAGCGAGCUAUGCAACCCCGAGUUCCGUAGAAGACCGAGCGGUGACUUGCUUGUCGACCUCUCUCGGCAGACGAAUUCCACUACUGAUUCGGAUAUUUUGUACGGCCUACAAGUAGUACCGUCUGGAGUCUCACGGGAACAGACUGCCCCUAUUCUCCACGGACACAGGAUAUUCACACGAAACUGGAGCCUGAGCGUGGAGUCGAAUCAUAGUGUCAAUGUUGAUGGCACUAUGUCCGAGAACCAGCUCAAUUACACACUGACCUUUUCCGCCUUCCCUCCGCUCAAUGUCGCCGCGCCUGACUUGGAAGUUGACGACAGAGGUGACGCCGUCAGCUGGCCAGCAGCCAGCAUCGCGCAACAAGUAGCGAAGGUCAUCGAUGCUGCAUUGGUCGAAGAACAGAUCGUGCAUGACACGGGGCAACAGUCGAAGAUGGAGUGAGAGAGUUGAUUGAUAUACAGAGGCGGUUCACAUGAAUGUGGAUCUCGGGGCAGUCCUUGUAGCCUGGCUAACGUCCUUGGGCCUGGCUAUCUUGUGGUCAUCAGGGCUGGUAUGGGAUCGUAGGACGAGGGAAAGUGGGGUCCUGAUGACCAGAACUGCUACCUUCAGAGUUUGGGGAUCCAAAUGGGACGUUGUAGUCCGAGGCAGGACAAGUGGGAUGGAUGCUGUGGAAGCAUGCUGGGAUCGAGCUGGACGCCAUAGCCAGCAGGAGGAACUCAUUCGCUGGCGUUACCAACAAGCAGGUUUCAUCCCAGGGAAAGAAACAAGCUCGUCGUUAGACGUUCAUGCAAGGCAUGUUGACCAUUGAAAGUAGGGUAACAAAGGUAGCCGUACCAUG